CAGCUGAUAAUAUACGGUAUAUAUACGGGAGGCCAACUACUUGGGCUUUGGCCUUUCCUGCAAGUUUACAAAUUGCUAUUUUAUUGCUCCUCUCGGUCUACGGUUUGGGGAAUUUAUGAGAUUUAUUGGAGAUUAAUUCUGGACCAUGUACAGACAAAUCUUGGUUCCUCCAGUUUGAAAGUAAAGUCAUGCCACCAUGCCUCUGCCAAUGACAGAUGAAUAUUCAGAUGUCCAGGUUUACUUCACAGCCGAUGAAUGGGCAGAGAUCAGCAGUUAUGAGAGACUUUGUAUCAAGAACAUCAAGGAAAACUACGAGAUGAUGAUGGAAGUUGGAGUAGAGGUCAGUCCACCAAUGUUUAUGCAACGUCAACCAGUGAAGGAAGCGAUUAUAGAGGAAGGUGAUGAAGAAGAUGAGGACAAGUCAAGAGGAUCUUCCGAUGCUCAGAAUCAUCAAGGGAUCCUUCAAUCGGGUGCUACAGAGAAGAAUAACUUACAUGAAGAGAAUUUAAAGACAUCCAAUAUAGAUUCAAAAACGGAUGGUGAUGAUGGCAACCUGCAAGCUGAUGCUAAUGACAAUGCAGACUUGGUAAUCAGUGAGGCUACCAAGUUACAAACCAAUCCAACAUCAUCAGGUGACCAAAGGUCAGGUGAUCUCAUCACUGAGUCAUGUGAUCGGAAGGCAGAAGUAGGUGAUGCUGAUCACAAUGCAGAUGGAAAGAUCAGUGAGCCGGGACGGAAGAGCGAUGAUAAAGCUACAUGUUCCCAGAUACAAACAAAUCCAACAUCAGGUGAUCAAAGGUCAGGUGAUCUCAUUACUCAGUCAUGUGAUCAGAAGGCAGAAGUAACUUCAGGAGGCAGCUGGUCCCCAACACAAUGCACACAAUCUGCAUUUGAAGAGGAUUCAAGAAUCUACAGAUGUGAGUUCUGUGGGUCACACUAUGCCGUUCCUCUCAUCUUUGCAAGGCAUCUCAAGUACAAACAUGGCGUCGACGAUGUCGUCUUUCCAUCGUAUGCAGCACAGGAAGACUUUCUACACGUUGUCGAAGGAGAAAUACAAAAACGCAUGUACAACACGGAUGACUUUGCACUGGGAGAAAAAUUCAUUUCUAAAAUAGGAAAUAAGGAAAAUAUGCUCGAAAGCAAAUCAUGUAAAGAUUCAUCUUCUGGAACAUUGCAUAAAGUAAUCCAGGAAGCCGAGAAACACUUUGUAUGUGAUCAAUGUGGUAAGGAAUUUAAUAAGAAAUCUAAUCUCACAUCACAUAAACGAAUCCAUACAGGUGAGAGGCCCUAUGCGUGUGAUCAAUGUGGUAAGGCAUUUAAUCAAAAGUCUCAACUCACAAAACAUAAACGCAUACAUACAGGUGUGAAGCCCCAUGUAUGUGACCAAUGUGGCAAAGCAUUUAGUCAGCGUUGUAAUCUCGUAACACAUACACGGAUCCAUACAGGUGAAAAGCCCUAUGUCUGUGAUCUAUGUGGGAAGGCAUUUAUAGAUGCAACAGCUCUUAGAAGACACAAGUAUAUCCAUACAGGUGAGAGGCCCUUUAUCUGUGUUGAGUGUGGUAAGGCAUUUAAUGAUCGAUGUGAUCUGAGAAAACAUAAACGAGUCCAUGAGGGUGAAAAGCCGUCUGUGAGUGAUGAAUGUGGUAAGGUAUUUAAUGAAGAUAAUGAUCUCACAACGCAUAAAGAAAUCCAGACAGGUGAAAAGCCUUUUGUGAGUGAUGAGCGUGAUAAGGCAUUUAAUAAUGAAAGUGAUCUAAAAAAAGAUAAACAAAUAAAUACAGGUGAAAAGCCCUUUGUGACUGACGAGUGUGGUAAGGCACUUAAUGAUGAAACUGAUCUAAAAAAAGAUAAACAAAUCCUUGCAGGUGAGAAGCCCUUUGUAUGUGAUGUGUGUGGCAAAGCAUUCAGUGAUAGGAGUGAUUGCAGGAGACACAAACGGAUCCAUACAGGUGUGAAGCCCUAUGUAUGUGAUCAAUGUGGUAAAGCAUUCAAUCAGCGUUGUAAUCUCGUAACACACACACGAAUCCAUACAGGUGAAAAGCCCUAUGCGUGUGAUCAAUGUGAUAAUGCAUUUAUAGAUGCAACAGCUCUUAGAAGACACAAAUACAUCCAUACAGGUGAGAGGCCCUUUAUGUGUGUCGAGUGUGGUAAGACAUUUAACGAUAGAUGUGAUCUUAGGAAACAUAAACGAGUCCAUUCAGGUAAAAAGCCUCCUGUGUCAGGUGACGGUGAUAAGGCAAUUAAUGAUGGAAGUGAUUCCACAUCACAUAAACAAAUCAAUACAGGUGAGAAGCCCUUCAUGAGUGAGGAGAGGGUUAAGGCAAUUAAUGACAGAAGUGAUCUCACAUCGCAUGAACAAUUCCAUGCAGGUGAGAAGCCCUUAAUGAGUGAUGAGAGGGUUAAAGUAUUUAAUGAUGGAAGUGAUCUGAAAAAAGAUAAAGGAGUCGAGGAGCCCUUUGUGAUUGAUAAGUGUGGCAAGGCAUUCAAUGGUGAAAGUGAUCUCACAAUGCUUAAACAUACCCAUGCAGGUGAGAAGCCCUUUGUGAGUGAUGAGGGUAGCAAGGCAUGCAGGGAUGGAACCAAUUUUAGGAGAAAAAAACGAGUCCAUACUGGUGAGAAGUCCUUUUUAUGUGAGCAGUGUGGCAAGGCAUUUCGUUACAAACACGUUCUCAAAAUCCAUAAACGAAUCCAUACGGGUGAGAAGCCCUAUGUGUGUGACGUAUGUGGGAAGGCAUGCAUUUAUGAACACGAUCUCACAGUGCAUAAAAGAAUCCACACAGGAGAGAAACCAUACGUAUGUGAUCAGUGUGGUAAGGCAUUUAACCAGAGUUGUAAUCUCAAAAACCACACACGAAUCCAUACGGGUGAAAAUCCCUAUGUGUGUGAUCAGUGUGGUAAGGGAUUAAGUAGUAGAACUGCACUGACCAGGCACCAACUCACCCAUACAGGUGAGAAGCCCUAUGCUUGUGAUCAGUGCGAUAAAGUGUAUACUCAAGAACAAUAUCUUACAGUCCAUAAACGAACCCAUACAGGUGAGAAGCCCUUCGUAUGUGAUCAGUGUGGUAAGUCAUUCAAUGAUGGGACUGCCUAUAAAAGACACAAACAGAUGCAGAAUGCGGAAAGGCCCUUUAAAUGCGAUCAGUGCUGUCGAGCAUUCGGAACUGAACAGAGUCUAAUAGAACAUAAGCGACUUCAUCGAGGUGAAAAGCCCUAUGUGUGCGAUGAUUGUGGUAUGGAAUUCGGAAAUAAAACUUCUUUUAGGAGACACCAAACGAUCCAUACAGGUUUAAAGCCCUUUGUUUGUGACCAAUGUGGUAAAGCAUUUAGACUUGAACUGUAUCUGGUGUCUCAUAAACAAACGCAUACAGGUGAAAAACCUUAUGUGUGUGACCUAUGUGGUAAAGCAUUUAAACGUGAACAUUAUCUCAUAUCUCAUAAACGAACUCAUACAGAUGAAAGGCCUUAUGUGUGUGAUAUCUGUGGUAUGGCUUUUCGUACUUCAUCUCCACUUGCCGCACAUAAACGAAUCCAUACGGGUGAGAAGCCCCAUGUAUGUGACCAAUGUGGUGUAGCGUUUCGUUGUAAAUCUACUCUCACGGCACAUAAGCGAAUCCAUACAGGUGAAAAGCCCUAUGUAUGUGAUCUAUGUGGUAAGGCGUAUCGACAAUUAUCUAAUUUCACGGCACAUAAACGAGUCCAUACAGGUGAGAAGCCCUACGUGUGUGAUCUGUGUGGUAAAGCAUAUAGAGAAAGAAAUGCUUUUAGAUGUCACCAAAAAACCCAUACACGUGAUAAAGCCUAUGCAGAAAUAGACACUGCUGUGUGGUUGUAAAAACUAAAUCAUGUUGAAAAAAAUAAACGUGGUAAAUAUUGAAAAUCAAAUUGUAAAAUAUGGAAGCAAAUGAGAAAGGUAUUGCAUUCCUACUUUUUUUUGCAUAUUUUCAUAGAACAGCCUGUGCGGUAUGCAAAUGAGGGAAUUGUUUACGAUCCGGGGGUCAGUCUAAUAUAUUGCUGUACACAUGUGUGACCAAAAAGUUUUUAAAGGGGUGUUUUUUCAGUUUCAGGUGCAGGCCGUGCAUGCACUCUUAUAAAAAACACAGAUUUUCAAGAAAAAGGAUGGUUUUGAAAGACUGGUCAAUGGGCGAUUGCGGGCUCAAACGUAUUAAAGGGGAAUCCAGCCUUGGCCAUAAAAUGUUGUGUUGGGAAGGAGAAAAAUAAAUUAAAUAGAAUGGUGAAAGUUUGAAAGAAAUCGAACAAGCAAUAAGAAAGUUAUAGCUGCUUUAAAAUUGAGAUCACUAAUACUAUGUAGAUUUCAAAUUGGCAACUGGGUAAGUAAAUUAUGACAAGGGGCAAGGACAACUUUCCCAUAGGCCAUGUACUUUAUUAUCAGGGAUUUGUGGUUUUCUCCUAAGUACCCAUUCCCCUGGGGCAGUAAUCUAAAUAUAACCCAGGUAGUAUAUUGUUUUAUGUCCUCAUGAAAGAAAAAUAUAAUUUGAAAUAAAACUUUUGGGAAAAAUGACAUUUUAGCCAUAAUAUGUAUUGGAGUACAUGGAAGAGUAGUCCUUGCCUUACAUCACUAUGACAUCCCAUAUGCGGCCAAUUUGAAGUAUCCAUGGGUAUAGUGAUUACCAAUAUUUACAACUUUUAAAAAUUCAUAACUUUCUUGUUGUUUGUCCAAUAUUGUUCAAACUUUCACCUAUCAACUUGUUUGAUUUUUCUUUUCCUUAUAAAAUUAAGUUUUUACUUGGGCUGGAUUCCCCUUUAAGGGUACCGGGUAUGUUUUUUUUCCAAAAGCUUUUAUUUAAAAGACUAGCCAAACGUGUUUAUGGUACGUUUUCCCCCAAGCUUUUUCCCAUAUUCUGGCAACAACUUGUUUAGGGGCCAAAAUGUUUAAAUAAAGCCAGCGAAAAACUUGUUAAGGGGGUUAUUUUGCACACAGAGAAAAACUCGUUUAGUGGGUGUUUUGAAAUAAUUUGGUCAGGCAUGUGUACAGCAAUACAUUUGACUGCCCCCCACCAGGCCAUUGAGGUCAUCCACUCACUGUUUUUGUCUCGCCAGCAUAGCUUAUAGCAGAGCAGCGUCAUCAACAUUGAAAUAUUAACCAAGGUUAAGUUUCUGAAAUGUCAUAACUUUGAGGCUAAGUGAACUUAGUAUAUUAUUAUUGUAUGAAUGUUUUCUUUCUUUGCAAUUUAUUGUUGCACUGCUGAUAUAUUGAACUUAUUAGAAUUUGAAUUAUUUGAUUUGUGACGUCAUAUGUGAGCAGCUUUUCUGCAUAUCGUAUGGUAAAAGAUCAAUGAAAUGUCAUUCUCUCAGAAAAUAGGAAAUGGUUUUUAUUGUACCUUCAGUAUAUCAAUACACAAAUCAUUUUACACGCACUCCCUAAAAUAAAAUAAAGUACAAGUCAUCAAACCAUUUAAAAAAAAAUGAAAUUUAUGAAUUUUAUAUUACAUAAUAUGGGGAAGUUUCUCGUUAAUGACGUCACAAAUCAAAAACUUGAAAUUCUAAUAACUUUCUUAAUAUUAAUGGAUUUUCCUCAAACCUUCACCAAUAUUUUAAUAAUUUUUUCUGCUAAUUUUACAAUAAACUUUUGUCAGGGUGCAGAGCUGCAAAGUAGUACAGAUUUUCCAUAUUUAGUACUGAAAAAUGAGAAUUUUGAUGGUUUCAUGCAUAAUACUGAUUCUUUUUAAGUGUCAGUUUUUAUGUGUUAUCCUAUUGUACUUCUUUAGAAAUACUGAUUUUCAGCUUUAAAAAUACUGAAAUGUUCUUGUAUAGGUUGGCAGCUCUGAGGGUGAAAUUCCCUUUAAAAUGAAAGCCACAUCAUUUUUACCCAACUUUGCAUGGGGUUAUUUUUUAACCUAUAGAGGCCAAAUAUGAAAAGAAUAAUAUAGGUUCAUGUGCUUAUUUUUUCCUAAGGACCAUUGAAGUUCGCGAAAUUGAGAGUCUGGUUAAAUGGCAGAAUCAAGGAAUUUGGGCCUCCGUUAUACCUCACGAGAUCACAACAUUAAUAGUUAGAACCCCUAUUUGAACUUUUGAGUCCAUGCAAAGUUCAUCAGAUUUUCCAGUUUAGUUCAGAAAUGAGUGCUAAAGAUUUUGAAAGUAUUUACACUAGGCCCAUGUACUCCUACUUUAUUAUAGCUAUCAUGUCAGAAAGAAAAAAAUCAUGCUUAAAUUUUGAAUUAUACCCCUAAAUUCUUCACUAUAAUAACCCAAACUGAAUUUGCUCUUUACCGGUGUGUUCUAUUAUUUUGUCACAAAGCUAAUAACUGGGAUUUUUGUUCCUCGCUUUAACUCUUUGUAAUUUUUGUGUUUUGUUUAUAAUUCUGUUAUCUCUUCUUUUUUUUUAUCACUAUUUUGUUUUAAAUAAUCGUCAUGUGCAUUAACAAAACAAUUUUUUUUUUCAAAAGGUAUGUAUUCCUGUAGAGUUUUGUAGGGCUACAAGCAUAGUCUAAGGUUUCCUCCGUAUUUGUGUUUUAUAUAAUAUAUACUGCAUUCGUGGAGCAUAUUGAUAGAGAAUGCUAAUUAUUUAUAUUAUUUUUAUACUUAUUGUAUAUAUAUAUGUAAAAUUCGUACAGCUUGGUAAUCAUGUAAUUAUAGCAAAGUUUUAUAAUGUCACAGAUGUGUGGAAAUGAAAUUACGAGUGAAAUGGAAUUAAUUUGAGCCGAUCUUCACACACUGUAAAUUUGCAACAUAGUGAAAAACAACAGAAUCACUGCUUAGAAAUUUGGCAAAUUUUGGAAAGUUAUCAUUUUAUCGUUCAUUUUAUCACAAAUAUUGACUCGUAUACAGUGCAUCCCACAAAAGGGAAACCCGUUUUCAGAUUUUACAAUUUAUAAUUGGAUACUAGUUUGAGACCAACAGCUUGGCUCCGAAUGCCUGUAUUCGGAUGACUGGCAGCUGAUUCGGUACCGGUGUAACUAACUAGGGCUUUUGAAUACUCGUGUAAGAAAAAUUGAAGUAAUUUAUAUAUGAUUUUGUUAAUUACUGUAAGAAUUGGUGUUUUAUGAUUUAUAAUCCCUUGUGUAACUUCCAAUUUGUAUGUGAUUUAUUGUUUAAUCUGUGAUAUAAUUAUAAAUGUGAAUAAAUCCCCUGAUAGAGGGAAAAGAAGAACAUAA